GGCAGAUGUGGUGCACGGGCCCUUUGCCUACCUUCUCAAAUGCCGCGAUUGUAAAGGAGUCGCGAGCCUCGAGUCGCGAGCUGAAGCUCGCACUGGAGGCAGAUCUUUGCAGUAGUUUCGAAGCUGGCGCAGCGCUGCACUCAUCGGCUGGACCCAGCAGCAGCGUUCAUCUGUUUGCCGGAGUAAUGGGGAACUGCAACAACACAGGCAGCUCCAGCGAGCCACCGGCCGUGAGCCACCCGUCCGCCUCCAAUGGGCAGCCGAAGGAGGUCAAGAAGGAGGAUGUCACCCACGAGCACAACGCGCGGGCGGCCUCCCUCUCCCGGCCUGAGCAUGUCGUGACAGCGGCCUCGUCGCAUGAGGAUCUCAAGGUGGGCAAGGGCAUGUUUGUGAGCGGCCGGACGGGCAAGAUCACCGACUCGUACCGAAUGGGCGAGAAGCUGGGCGAUGGGGCGUUCGGGUGUGUGAGGAAGGCCGUCCACAGGGAGACCAGUAAGAACCCUACUUAGACACACACAGACAGGCAGACAGAGAGAGCGGAUGACCGACCGUCGAUUGCAUCGGUGGGUGGAUGGUUGUGUGUGUUGGUUGUGUUUGACGCAUGCAGAUCAGGUUCGCGCCGUCAAGACGAUAUCGAAGCAGGCGGUGGCAAAGGGUGACGAGAAGGAGAAGCUGUUCGCCGAGGUGGCCGCGCUCAAGGAACUGGACCAUCCCAACAUCAUGAACCUUUUCGAGUUCUAUGAAGGUUCUCUCUCCCUCUUCCUCUCUCUCUGUUGGUGUGUGUGUGUAUGUGUGCGUGUCUGUGUGUGUCAAUCAGAUCAGAAGCACUACCACUUGGUGAGUGAGCUGUUGACGGGCGGUGAGUUGUUCGACAAGGUCAUCGAGAUGAACCACUUCUCAGAAGCAAUGGCCGCUGAGUCAAUCGCCCAAGUGCUCUCGGGUACCAAAGACAAUUGUCACUCACACGCACACGGAGGGAGAGAGAGAGAGAGAGAGAUGUGCCGUGUUUCCCGUCUUUCUGCCAGGCGUCGUCUACUGCCACAAGCGCAACAUCGUAAACACACACACACACACACCUCCUUAGUAUCUCUCCUUUCGAUGUGUGUGUGUGUGUGGAUCGCUGGCAGGUCCACCGCGACCUCAAGCCCGAGAAUCUGUUGCUGGAGAGCAAGGCGGAGGGCGCCCCCAUCAAGAUCAUCGACUUCGGCACGGCCAAGCUCUUCCCGCGCGACAACGGCAAAGGCAUGCUGAUGAGCCAGAAACUCGGCACACCAUACUACGUGGUCAGUCCGUCCGUCACACAAGGCAGAGCCAUGCCAUCAGUGUGUCUGCAUCUCUCCCUCUCUCUCUCUCUCUCUGUGUGUGUGUGUGUGUGCCACGGCAGGCGCCGGAGGUGCUGCGCGGGAGGUACGACGAGAAGUGCGACGUGUGGUCAAGCGGAGUGAUCCUCUACAUCCUGCUUGUCGGUAUGUAAAGAAACAGACAGACAGCCCGAAGAGGACAGCACACACUCCCAUGUGUGUAUCCGUCCGUGUGUGCAGGGUACCCGCCCUUCAACGGGGAGGACGACAACGCCAUCCUCAGGGCCGUCGAAUCCGGAAAGGUGCGUGGCGGAUUGGAUUGUGGCAUCUAUGAGGCGAAUCAUGCGUAUGGAUCCGAAUCCUUACCCUUUCUUUGUGUGUGCGUGUGGGACAGUAUUCGACAAAGGGCUCUGAGUGGCGCAACAUAUCCAAGGAGGCCAAGAACCUCCUCGCCAAGAUGCUCGAGUACUCACCCAGCAGAAGGGUGUCCGCUGAGGAGGUAUGUGCCGCAGCCCAUCCAUCCAUCCAUCCACAGGGCACACAGUCCCUCCCUCCCUCCCGUGUGUGUGUGUGUCAAGGCGUUGAGCGACCCCUGGAUUCAGAAGUACCGUUCUGUGCACAUCUCGAAGCCCACAUCGGCCGACCUCACGAGCUCACUCGGACGGCUCAAGCAGUUUAAGUCAGUCAUGUCAUUCAGCUGAAGGGAAUGGACACACAACACACCAACACUCCCACCCACUGGCGAACGAAUGCGCGUGUGCUGUGCUGUGCUGUGAUGCAUGGCAUGCAGGUCGUCCCAGCGUCUGCAGCAGGCGGCUCUGACGUUCAUCAUAUCCCAGCUGGCGACCAAGGAGGAGAAGGAGAAACUCACAGAGACAUUCAAACACCUGGAUGCCAACGGUGGGGGGGGACGGUCUGUCGAUGGAUGGAUGGACACACACACACACACACACACACGCACACACCCUGGGUGUUUGGGUGUCUUUGGCAUCUUAUCCACGUGUGCUGUGCAGGCGACGGCAUGUUGAGUCGCGAAGAGCUCCUCACCGGCUACAAGGACGUACGUGUGGAUGAUGGAUGGAUGGAUGGCACCUGUGUUUCUGUGCAUCUCUCUCUGUGGGUGACGACGUGUGUGGUGCAGAUCAUGGGUGACGCCGAUGCAGCCGCCGAGGAGGUGGAGAGGAUCCUCCAAACUGUCGACUCCGACCACUCCGGCAUGAUCGACUACACCGGUCGGUAUACACAUACACACACACACACGAUCGCCUCUGCCAACCCCACCCACCCACCCACCUACAUGGCCCAACCUUUGUUUGUCUCAUAAUGUUAUUUAAAUGUGUGGGUGGCGUGUGACAUGUGGUCUGGCCAUGCAGAGUUCCUUGUGGCUGCGAUGGAUCGGCGCACCUUCCUGUCAGAGAAGAAGCUCGAGGCCGCAUUCAGGGCGUUCGACAAGGACGGGUCGGGCAAGAUCAGCAAGGACGAACUCGCCGCGGUAGGCAGGGAGGGAGAGACACACAAACGAACGAACGAACGAACGAAUCAACACAACAUGCGCAGCCACACGUGUGUCUGUGUGUGUAUGGCUGCAUGGUGUGGUGGCAUGCAGGUGUUCGGCGUGGGUCAAAACAUCGCCGAGGAUCUCUUUGAAGAGAUGAUCCGAGAGGCCGACAAAGAUGGAGACGGAGAGGUACGUCAGCCACCCAGACAGCCACCCAUGCAUCGCCUCCAGCCAUCCGCUCACCCACACCCACACACACCGAUCCACACACACAACGGACUUCCAUAUGCACCUCUCUCCGUGGGUGAGCAGGUUGACAUGGAUGAGUUUAAGUCACUCUUCCAGCAGCUCCUGAGGAGCCCCACCAUCGGCGUCGCCGAGACCGGACAGAUCAGCAAAGUCAAUCAGCACAACUAACGCACACACACACACUGUGCUGUCGGUCGCUCUGUCGGUCUCUAAUCAAUCAUUUUGCACACUCACCCGGAUGGAUGGAUGGAUGGAG